GCCGCGGAGGCGCUGGCGGGAGCGGGGGAGCCUCGGCCGCAUCGCAGCCCCAGAGCCUCGCCGCGCGCCGCGUGCGUAGCGCUUGGUUUCGGUGGGCGCUUCGCCCGCGGCGGCGGCGGCGCGGCCCCUGGCGUUUUGCGACUCGGACGAUUGUGCGACCUUGGCGGCGAGGAGGUCGUCCUCUUCGGCGUUGCACGCGCGUCGCCGGCGGCACUCGCGGCUGCGCUCCGCCGCACCGAGGUCCUGGCCACCGCGCGGUGCGGCCCGGGCGGCGACGACGGCGGGGUCGCCGGGCGCCUCCGCGUCGCGCACGUGGCGCUCCUCUGCGACGCAGGGCAAUCCGACGCCGCCCUAAGCCGCUGCGCCGCUACGUGCACCGCCGCAGCGCCGCGCGGCCCUGCCCGCACGGCGCUCGCCGCUGCUGUCGCCCUCGAGGACCGCGUGCGACGGAGUCGCGACGGCAGCCCCAUUCCGCGCGCUGCACUUGCGGCCGCCGCGGCGCCGUCGUCCUUCGAUCAGCUCGGGUCGCGGGCUGGCGGCCGCCUCAACGCGCUGACCGCCGCGGAGGCCGCGCCUGCGCCCGCCCCCGUCGCGCGACCGCCGCCGCCGGCUGCGCCCGCCGUGUUGUGCCCUGCGCGGACUGACGCCAUCGACGCCAAGCCUGGGUGGUUCCGACGCAAGCUUUCCGCCGUCCUCUACCCAGACGCGACGCGCGUCGACCUCGCCGAAGCGUCUGCACCUGCGGCCUACUACGACAAAGCCUGCGGUCGAUGGAUCCUUCCUGACACCGAUGGAAAGGACGGGCACUCAACUGCUGCCCCCCCGCUGCGCGCCCCGCCGCCGUCGGCGUCGAUGCGCCCCCCGGGGCUUGCGCCCGCGGGUCAAUCUAGCCCCCCGCUGCCCUCGCCGCGGCGCGCGGCCUCGACGUCUGCCAUGGCCGCCGAUCCGCUCGCCGCCAUGAUGGCGCCACCGCCAAUGCGCGCCGUGCCACGUGCCCAACGCGUCGGAGAUGCCAUGACAAUCCGUGCGCCACAAUCACAAUCGACACCUUCCUUCGCAACCUUUGCAUAA